GGCAAGUGAAAGUGGAAGUGGCCCUGGCUGCAGCAGACCCCAGAGCCAGGAGCAGUGAGAACCCUGACUCCUAACCCCACUGCAUCCAGCCAAUAGGAACUCAGCCACCAUGACAGAGCUGCAAGAGGUGCAGAUCACGGAGGAGAGACCGCUAUUACCAGGGCAGACACCCGAGAUGGCCAAGACUCACUCAGUGGAGACACCUUAUGGCUUUGUCACUUUUACUGUCUAUGGUACCCCCAAACCCAAACACCCAGCGAUACUCACCUACCACGAUGUGGGACUCAACUAUAAAUCUUGCUUCCAGCCGCUGUUUCAAUCCGGGGACAUGCAGGAAAUUAUUCAGAACUUCGUGCGGGUUCAUGUGGAUGCCCCUGGGAUGGAAGAGGGGGCUCCUGUGUACCCUGUGGGAUAUCAGUACCCAUCUCUGGACCAGAUUGCAGACACCAUCCCUUGCAUCCUGCAGUACUUAAAUUUCUCAAUAAUUGGAGUUGGUGUUGGAGCUGGAGCCUACAUCUUGUCGCGAUAUGCUCUUAAUCACCAGGAUACAGUCGAGGGACUUGUCCUCAUCAACAUUGAUCCCAAUGCCAAGGGCUUGGACUGGACAGCCCACAAGCUAACAGGCCUCACCUCUUCCAUUCCAGAGAUGAUACUUGGACAUCUUUUCAGCCAGGAAGAGCUGUCAGGAAAUUCUGAGUUGAUACAAGAGUAUAGAAAUAUCAUUACACAUGCACCCAACCUAGAGAACAUUGAACUGUACCAGAACAGCUACAACAACCGCCAAGACCUGAACUUUGAGCGUGGAGGUGAUAUCACCCUCAAGUGCCCUGUGAUGCUGGUGGUUGGAGACCAGGCACCCCAUGAAGAUGCAGUGGUGGAAUGUAAUUCAAAACUGGACCCCACCCAGACUUCUUUCCUCAAGAUGGCCGACUCUGGAGGUCAGCCCCAGCUGACUCAGCCAGGCAAGCUGACCGAGGCCUUCAAGUACUUCCUGCAAGGCAUGGGCUACAUGGCUUCAUCCUGCAUGACUCGCCUGUCCCGAUCUCGCACAGCUUCCCUGACCAGUGCGGCAUCCAUUGAUGGCAGCCGGUCCCAUGCUCGAACCUUGUCCCAGAGCAGCGAGUCUGGGACUCUCCAUUCACGGCUUCCAGGGCACACCACGGAGGUCUCCUGUUGAAUGGCCCUUAUUGCCCUGGUGUGGGACCCAGCCUCACCUCCCCCUGCACUAACCUGGGAGGUGUGUAGAACACUGGGACAGAGU